CAUGUUAAAUGUGUGAUCUUGGUGGUCGAACCUUCGACGCUUGAUUGCGCAGUGCAGCGCACAGCGAAAUUAUUCACUUGUUUCAUUUACAAGCGCUUUAGUUUUAGCAAAUCCAAUGCUGUUAACCUCGGUACAAUUUGUGGGUCGAUUAGUGUUGUUUUUGUUAGUAGGUGACAAGAUAGUUUGUGGGAAACUUUGCAGCGAUCAGUGCAGUUUUUGGUGCUAAACGAGCACAACGAAUACGACGCGAAAUCACAGCGAGUGAAAAUAAUAAAAAUAUUGCAAUAAAUAUUUUAUAUAAUAAACAUAACAAUAAAGCAAAAAAACUUUAAAAAGUAGCGAAGUGAAAAACAAGAAUUUGUCAUAAAUUUUUAUUAACAAUUUUAUAAAUAUACCGUUUGAUGGUGGCGAAGCAAAAUAGCUCAUAAAUUAUAAUCGAUUGAAAUAUUGCGAAUACAUAAACUUUGCGCAAAGCGCAACGAAGUUGAUAAGUCAACUUCAGCUAAUCUGUGGCUACGAUAAGCCUAAGCGCUCAGGUGAAAACUUGAAAAUCAAAACUUAAAGAAAUGAAUAAAUUCGUAGUGAAGGCAUAGGUAAUGUGCGAUUAAGUGGACAGCAGGCAUAGUGUACGCGCGACGCAAUUUCUAGUGAAAAACGCUGCGUCAAGAACAAGGACCUUAGCGCCUUACAGAUUUUGAAAACAGUAUAGACGCGUAAAUUAAAGUGAAGAGUUUUUGCAGCGCGCAACGAUGUUUUCGCUGACCAAACUCUGUGCGCUCUGCGCUGUACUAAGCAUUUUCGCUGUACUACCGCGCGCCGCGCAGUGUGAUUCCUCCUAUUACGAGAAGUAUUACACAGCGCGCCGCUUCAUACCACUCAAGCGCAACUCGUUGAUACCAUAUAACUUCAGCGUUUCGCUUAACGAGCAACCGAUUGCCAGCUAUGAACUAGUCGCUAUGGUUGGCGAUGUCAAACAGCUGGGUGCUUGGCGUGCCGACAAGGCGAUCCUAUUGAAUCGCACACAGGAUCAUCGCGUGUGGACGGCCAGCGUUGCGUUGCCGGUGAAUACUACCAUCAAUUAUCGCUACUUCAUUGCGGCCAUAGACAAUGCGACUGGUGUGGUGCAGGUGCGCCGCUGGGAAUCACAUAUCAAUGCGCGCAGCUUUCAAGUGGGCACUGUUUCGGGGAAUCGCAGCGAUAUAUGCGGUUGGAUUGAUCCGGAGCAGCGUGAGCUGCAACGCGGUUGGCUGAAUGCCGGUAAUAUUGUACAAUUCAAGUUGUUUCGCAAUCCUUUGCAUGUGAAUGAGUCGAGUGUGGGUAAUGAGGAGUUGCGUUUCAAGUUGCAGCCGGUCGAGCCGAGUCGCUUAUCCGCUAUAUUGCCCUCGGCGAAGGCGCACACAGAGUAUGUGCGUAUGGUGUACGGUGACAGUUACUUGCGUACGCAACCGGAGUUUGGUGUGCCCUACAAGUCCAACGAUAUAUUGAUAUUUCAGACGACAGUAUCGCAGCUGAAUAAUGUGGCCUAUCUGUUGAAGCUGUAUGCGACACAGAAUGAUAAUGAGCUCGUGCGCUUGAUAGGCUAUCAGUAUAUAUAUCCGGAGUUCUUGAAAGGUACAGAAGGUCGUUUCACCAUCAAUCUCUUAUCGCCAGUAUGGCUGAAUGCUAUCGCCAGUUUGGACAUACAGUAUUUGGUGAUUAAACCAUUGCCGAACUCCACUAUCGAUUUCCACACUUCUUUUGUGGAAUACUGGCGCAGCAAUUGGACGGCAUUGGAUGCGGGACAUCGUGGUUUGGGUAAAAGUCUGAAGCAGGCAACUAAUGCGCCAGCAAUAAUUGAGAAUACUGUGGCGUCUAUGAAGGCCUCCGCGGAGCUGGGCGCUGACUUGGUCGAGUUUGAUGUGAUGUUAACUAGCGAUUUGGUGCCAGUAAUUUACCACGACUACUAUAUCUAUGUCUGUAUGGAUUCCAAGACGCCCACAAGCAAAGCUGAUCUCACAGAAGUACUAAUCAAGGAUAUUACCUAUGAACAGCUUAAGAAUUUGAAAACCUAUCAGGUGGUGGGCAAUAAGAUCAUCGAGUAUCCGGCACACAAUAAUGUAGAACAAGAGGAUCAACGACUCUUCCCAUUGUUCGAAGAUUUUCUCACCAAAGUGAAUAAGUCGGUGGGCUUUGACAUUGAAAUUAAAUGGCCGCAGCUAACAUUGAAUGGUGCGCUCGAAAGCGUACAAACUAUCGAUAAGAAUACCUAUGUGGACCGCAUAUUGGAUGUGAUGUUGCGUCAUGGUUGUGGUCGCCUGAGCUUCUUCACAAGUUUCGAUGCCGAUAUUUGUACGCUACUGCGUUACAAACAGAAUAUAUAUCCGGUCAUGUUUCUCUCAUCCACCAUUCUCGGCGUUUAUGCUGAUCCACGCGCGGACACGCUCUACGACACUAUUAAUAAUGCGCAAGCUUUCGAUUUGGCUGGCAUUGUGCCGAAUGCCGUACAUAUAAAGAGCAAUCCCAAAUGGAUUGAAAUAGCGGCAAGGCAGGGUAAAAAGAUCUUCCUAUGGGGUGAUGCGCUUAAGAAUACCGACUCGAUUGAAUGGUUCAAGGCGCAAGGUCCAACUGGUGUAAUUUAUGAUCGUCUGGACUUAUGGUUACCCGCGAAUAAGCGAAGCGCUUUCGAGUUGGAAGAUGAUUUGCCCGAUUUUUUCCGAUUGCAAUGUUCGCCACACCAGCAAAAACCUGUGAAUUCAACGAUCGAGAGUAUACUUAGUAAUGUGAAUUUGUUGUAGAUGUUUUGCCUAGUGUUAAUUUGUUUGUAGAUUUAUUGUUUUACAACAAGUAAAGCUUGUGUCGAAUGUUCCUUAUUUUCUUGCGUGAAAA